UUCACAGUCUGUCCUGGGUACACAAAGCGCGAGGAUGCUAGCUUCAAGUAGUGCAAUUUUGUGCGGUGUUCUAUUGAUCUGCAACUAUGUGCCGAGGGACCAGCAAACGGCCGCGUUGGACUCGUACGCCGAAGUCCUGCAGGGUGGUCUCGACGGUCUGCUCCAGAACGUCGCGAGACUUCAGCAAAUCAAGGGCAACCUGAACACCGUCUGGCAGCAGAAGAUGAACACCGCGUUGGGAAGCCAGGACGGCUCCGGCUUCGUGACCGCCUUGAACCAGGUCAGGACUCAGCUCGAACAGUUCUUUGGCACAUACACAGCUGACGCAACGGCGAUUGUCGGAGCGUUCGAUACGUGGAUAAAGUCGUCUAGAACCGCGUUCCUGACCAAGACCGCGUCCUACCAGGCUGAACGUGACCUCCUACUCAGCUCCUUCAACGAAUCCAUCGCGACCAGAGAUUCGGACAACCUUAGGCGUCGCCAGUGUGCCCAGCACUACCACACCCAGUUCGAGGGCAUCGAAUUCGACUACCUGCACGCCAGCGGCAAAUCCUUCGCAAAUGUCGCCGGAACACUGGCGGCGCAAUCCGCUGAACUCACGGUGCUGCAGAACGCCGGCGAAGCGGACGCCAUGCGACUGUUGAUAACCUUUGAUUCGGGCCGCUCGCAGCCGCAGGAUGCCUUCGAUAACUGGAACCUGUUCUUCCAGCGAAUUUCGACCCUGACGGGAAGCGCUCUCGGAGAGCUGAAGACGGCAGUUCAAAGUUCGAUCGCGAGCGUUGAUGCGUCCAUCGUGGAACCCAACGCGCUGCGUGUUUCGCUGGGUCAAGUUAAGAACGGUUACGACCAAUGUGUUGGCACGGGUGGAACUGGAGAGGUUGCUACAAGGUUUUCGUGCCAUUGAUUUGAAUAUGAAAUAACUUGAAUAAAAUUUCUUUUUGAAACGUCUCAGUAUUU